CUCUCCCAGAACAAGGUUCAGAUGGAUUCAGUACAGCUAUGCUUCUGGUGUUGAUUCUUGGGCUAUUGAUAAUGUGGUCCUGGCUACAGGGUGCCCCUGGAUGUGCUCAGGCCAUGGCAUCUGUGAUGCAGGUCAUUGUGUGUGUGACAGAGGCUUUGGUGGUCCGCACUGUGUCCCUGUCAUUCCCCUGCCGUCUGUCCUGAAGGAUGAUUUCAAUGGUAACUUGCAUCCAGACAUUUGGCCUGAGGUCUACGGUGCUGAGAGGGGAAACCUGAAUGGUGACACCAUCAAGUCUGGAACAGCUCUCAUUUUUAAAGGGGAAGGACUGAGAAUGCUUGUUUCAAGAGAUCUAGAUUGCACUAAUACCGUGUACAUCCAGUUUUCAUUUAAAUUUAUUGCCAAAGGCACCCCGGAGAGGUCUCAUUCCAUCCUGCUGCAAUAUUCUGUCAACGGUGGCAUCACUUGGCACCUGAUUGAUGAGUUUUACUUCACACAGACUACAGAUGUCCUCUUUAUUAACGUUCCUCUGCCCUAUGCAGCCCAAAGCAACGCGACGCGGUUCAGACUUUGGCAGCCUUACAACAACGGCAAAAAAGAAGAAAUUUGGAUUAUUGAUAACUUCGUUAUUGAUGGAAAUAACCUAAAGAAUCCCAUGAUCCUUUUGGAUACAUUUGACUUCGGUCCCAAAGAGGACAACUGGUUUUUCUAUCCUGGUGGAAAUAUUGGGCUUUAUUGCCCAUAUUCAUCUAAAGGAGCUCCGGAAGAAGAUUCGGCUAUGGUAUUUGUUUCAAAUGAAGUUGGAGAACACUCCAUUACAACAAGGGACCUGAGUGUAAAUGAAAACACUAUAAUCCAGUUUGAGAUCAACAUCGGCUGCACCACUGACAGCUCCUCUGCCGACUCGGUAAAGCUGGAGUUCUCACGGGAUCUGGGGGCGACCUGGCACCUCCUGCUCCCCUUGUGCUACAGCAGCAGCAGCCACCUCAGCUCCUUGUGCUCCACUGAGCAUCACCCAAGUAGCACUUACUACGCAGGCACCACCCAGGGCUGGAGAAGGGAGGUCAUUCACUUCGGAAAACUGCACCUCUGUGGGUUGGCAAGAUUCAGAUGGUACCAAGGAUUUUACCCUGCUGGAUCCCAGCCAGUGACUUGGGCCAUUGACAACGUGUACAUCGGCCCACAGUGCGAGGAGAUGUGCAAUGGGCACGGCAGCUGUAUCAACGGCACAAAGUGCAUCUGUGACCCCGGGUACUCCGGGCCAACUUGCAAAAUAAGUACCAAGAACUCUGACUUCCUUAAGGAUGAUUUUGAAGGUCAGCUGGAGUCAGAUAGAUUUCUGCUUGUGAGUGGUGGAAAGCCAUCAAGGAAAUGUGGUAUCAUGUCUGGAGGAAACAAUCUUUUCUUUAAUGAAGAAGGCUUACGUAUGCUGAUGACUCGAGACCUAGAUUUGUCACAAGCCAGAUUUGUGCAGUUCUUCAUGAGACUGGGAUGCGGCAAGGGGGUGCCAGACCCCAGGAGCCAGCCUGUGCUGCUGCAGUAUUCGCUCAACGGGGGCCUCACGUGGAGCCUCCUCCAGGAGUUCCUCUUCAGCAACUCCAGCAACGUGGGACGAUACAUUGCCCUGGAAAUUCCCUUGAAGGCCCGUUCCAGCUCCACACGGCUUCGCUGGUGGCAACCAUCUGAGAAUGGGCAUUUCUACAGUCCCUGGGUAAUCGACCAGAUUCUUAUUGGAGGAAACAUCUCUGGCAAUACAGUAUUAGAAGAUGAUUUCACCACACUGGAUAGUAGAAAGUGGCUGCUCCAUCCUGGUGGAACAAAGAUGCCAGUCUGUGGCUCUACUGGGGAUGCCCUAGUGUUCAUUGAGAAAGCUAGCACCCGCUAUGUUGUCACCACUGACAUCGUUGUCAAUGAAGAUUCUUUCUUGCAAAUAGAUUUUGCAGCAUCCUGCUCUGUCACAGACUCUUGUUACGCCAUUGAACUGGAAUAUUCAGUGGACCUUGGGCUGACCUGGCACCCGAUUUUGAGAGACUGUCUUCCCACUAACGUGGAAUGCAACAAGUACCAUCUCCAGAGGAUUCUCAUUUCGGACACUUUCAACAAGUGGACCCGAGUUACUUUGCCUCUGCCUCCCUAUACUAGGUCUCAAGCAACUCGUUUCCGCUGGCACCAGCCUGCUCCUUUCGAUAAGCAGCAAACGUGGGCAAUUGAUAACGUCUACAUCGGGGAUGGCUGCAUAGACAUGUGCAGCGGCCAUGGGAAGUGCACACAAGACAACUGUGUCUGCGAUGAGCAUUGGGGUGGGCUGUACUGUGACGAGCCAGAGACCCCCCUUCCGACACAACUGAAAGAUAACUUCAAUCGCUCGCCGUCGAACCAGAACUGGCUGACGGUGAACGGUGGCAAACUGAGCACGGUCUGCGGUGCAGUAGCCUCUGGGAUGGCUCUUCACUUCAGCGGGGGCUGCAGCCGUAUGUUAGUUACAGUGGACUUGAACCUCACCAGUGCAGAAUUCAUCCAGUUUUAUUUCAUGUAUGGAUGUCUGAUAACUCCUAAUAACCGCAACCAAGGAGUGCUGCUGGAGUAUUCUGUGAAUGGUGGAAUCACCUGGAGCCUCUUAAUGGAAAUUUUCUACGAUCAAUUCAGCAAGCCUGGUUUUGUGAACAUCCUCCUUCCCUAUGAUGCCAAAACCAUUGGGACACGCUUCCGCUGGUGGCAGCCUAAACACGAUGGCCUGGACCAGAAUGACUGGGCUAUUGACAAUGUGUUGAUCUCCGGCUCAGCUGACCAGAGGACGGUGAUGCUCGACACCUUCAGCAGCGCUCCCCUCCCGCAGCAUGAGCGCUCCCCUGCCGACGCAGGGCCCACCGGGAGGAUCGCCUUCGACAUGUUCAUGGAAGACAAAACUACAGUGAAUGAACACUGGUUAUUCCAUGAUGACUGCUCGAUUGAGAGAUUUUGUGAUUCUCCUGAUGGUGUCAUGAUCUGCGGGAGCCAUGACGGCAGAGAGGUCUAUGCAGUCACACACGACCUAACUCCUACAGAAGGCUGGAUUAUGCAGUUCAAGGUUUCUGUUGGAUGUAAAACCUCAGAAAAACUUGCACAAAAUCAGGUCCAUGUGCAGUAUUCUACUGACUUUGGCGUUAGCUGGAGUUACUUAGUACCUCAGUGUUUACCAGCUGAUCCAAAAUGUUCUGGGAGUGUUUCACAGCCAUCUGUCUUCUUUCCCACAAAAGGAUGGAAAAGAGUAACUUACUCACUGCCUGAAAACCUUGUGGGCAAUCCCGUGAGGUUUCGGUUCUACCAGAAAUACUCAGAUAUGCAGUGGGCCAUCGAUAAUUUCUACCUGGGCCCUGGCUGUCUGGAAAACUGUAGAGGUCAUGGAGACUGCCUGAAUGAGCAAUGCAUCUGUGAUCCUGGGUAUUCGGGUCCAAACUGCUAUCUGACCCAAACACUGAAG